UCUGCUGAUUAAUUUCUUAAGAAGGACAAAUCUUUCAAAUGAUCAGGAUGAUCAAGUUAUCACAUUUACCUUUACUACUGAACUAAGUCAAAAUAAUUAGGAAAGAACCUUCUGGGCUUCAUCAUCUCUAUCGCCAAAAAUUCCAUGUCUUUUGGCCUUAUGUCCUCAAUGUGUUUUUGUUUUCAGGCUCCAUUAGCUUGUUGUAGAAUCAUUUUUUUUUUCUUUAUACAUUGAGAGCUGCACCAAGUGUAACAUACCACAAUGUAAUGUGGAGUGCUUGUCCUGAGCUUGUAAAACCUUCUUGAGAGAAUUUGGACUUUGUUCGUCAUGUGGCAAGGGCUCGAAUCUGCUCGCCUGCUCGGUUAUUGAAUCCUCAUGAAAGGACCAGAAAAAUUGAGAUGAGCUUUUCAUAAAAUGCAAUUUUAAGCUGAUGAAAGUAUGACUAUUAGCUAUUGCGGCUGCUACCAUUCUGCUUUCUUGGCUUGGCUAGGGCAUGCACUACUUACUCAAAAAUUAUCUAAAUUAGGGACAUAAUAGGCUCUUUCUGUUGCCAGAGGUUAAGGCUGAGGUCUCUGGUCUCCAACUUAAUUUUGAGUCAUACAUAAGUUACUUGAGGCUUUGAACAAUAAAAGUAAUAACCAAUUACAAAGUUGGUAGAACAGGUGAUUCUAUUGUGUGUUGGAUGAGUUUUGUUGCCAAGAGGAUCACUAAAACAUGGGUGUGUUGAGACCUCUUGCGUGAUCUGGACAACUUGAUAAAUCUACUGAUAAGUGACAGCACUGGUCAAGCACAAUCUACUCAUGAGCAUGUGAAGCUGGAGACAUGCGUGCAUUGCAAAUGGAAGCUUUCAAAGGUUCAUACUUACAAAUGAGAUGGUUGUCCCAGAAGUUAAUAAAUCUAUGCUCGAGGAACUUGAGUCAAUGGGAUUUCCUACAGCUCGUGCAACAAGAGCGCUUCACUUUUCUGGUAAUAGCAGUAUCGAAGGCGCGAUCAAUUGGAUUGCAGAACAUGAGGAUGAUCCUGAUAUAGAUGAAAUGCCCCUGGUGCCCGCUGAAACUAAAGCUGAGGCUAACAAGCCCUCUUUAACUCCGGAGGAAAUGAAGUUGAAAGCACAAGAGCUACGGGAACGUGCUCGAAAGAAGAAAGAAGAAGAAGAAAAAAGAAUGGAGAGAGAAAGAGAGAAGGAGAGGAUACGUAUAGGCAAAGAACUUCUUGAAGCCAAGAGAAUUGAAGAGGAUAAUGAAAGAAAACGGUUGUUGGCACUCAGAAAAGCCGAGAAAGAGGAGGAGAAAAGAGCAAGAGAGAAAAUCCGUCAGAAAUUAGAAGAGGAUAAGGCAGAAAGGAGGCGGAAACUUGGAUUGCCACCUGAAGAUCCAGGAGCUGCCAAGCCUAGCGCACCUCCUGUGGAAGAGAAAAAGAGCUCAUUACCUAUUAAGCCCGCUACAAAGGCGGAGCGGAUGAGGGACUGCUUACGCUCUCUUAAGCAACAUCACAAGGAUGAGGAUGCCAAAGUAAAGAGAGCAUUUCAAACACUUCUUACGUACGUUGGAAACGUCGCGAGAAGUCCUGACGAAGAAAAAUUCAGAAAGAUCAGGCUCACUAAUCCUUCAUUUCAGGAAAGAGUAGGAAACCUACGUGGCGGGAUAGAGUUUCUCGAGAUUUGCGGAUUUGAGAAGCUCGAAGGCGACGAGUUCUUGUUUCUUCCCAGGGACAAGGUGGACAUUUCGGUCCUCAACAUCGCGGGAUCUGAGCUUAAUUCUGCGAUAGCUAAUCCCUUCUUCGGAGUUCUAUGAGGCAGCGAUCAUCAAAUCUCGCUGAUAAUUUCCUGCUCGUCGCUCGCGAUGAAGUGAAGAGUAAAAAAAUGUAUGCAGUUAUCGUAAGACGAAAACAGUAACUGGAAAGAGGUUCAGAACAUGCGAGAACUCGAUGAAGCCUCAUUACGUAUACUUCUUUAAACAAUUCUUUUUCUAAUUUUGUCUUUGUAAAACAGCUAUUUUCGUUUCCUUGGUUCCUUGUUUCUGUUCUAUGAGCCAAACUGAAUAGUUUGAUUUUUUUAAGAACAAACAGCUCCCUUGCGCCUUA